UGUGCAGUCGCAAGCUAAUGUGUCGGAAAACUAAUUCCGGCCAUGCUGAAGAGUCACAGCUCGGCUGGGAAAAUGGCUGACUCAGAUGGUAAGAAAUCUAGUUCAGUUCCAAAUUUAAUGUCUUCUUGCCCGCAUCUGAAUGUUUCAAUUGGUGGUGUGUUAGUCCCUUGUUUAAUUGACACCGGUUCGAUGGUAUCAACUAUUACGGAAAGUUGUUUUAUUCAACAUUUUGAGCCAUGGGGUCAGGAGCGCUUGAGGUCGUGUUCCUGGUUGCAGCUAAGAGCUGCAAAUGGGAUCUCAAUUCCAUAUAUCGGUUAUAUGGAAUUGGAUAUUGAGCUCUGUGGUAGGAUAGUUCCGCGAUGUGGGGUGCUGGUGGUCAGGGAUCCUCCUGGUGGCUUGCGCUCUCAAGUCCCUGGUGUGUUGGGUAUGAAUGUACUUGGGCGAUGCUACCAGGAGCUCUUUGGACAGCAUGGCCCCGCUUUGUUUGAUUUUCCUCCGGUUUCUAGUGCGCCACUUUCAGUUUUUCAAGCCCUACAACACUGCCAUCAAGGUAGCGAGCAAUCUCUCGUUGAGUGUAUGACUAGGGUAAGAGUGCAUGGUCCUCGGGCAUGUCGUGUCACAGGUGGUACUAUUAAGUUGGUUGCGGCAACUUGUGCAGAACAGUUGGCAGGUAGUACAGUACUGUUCGAGCCCAUUGGGUCUGGGUUACCCGAAGGGUUGUUGGCAUCCCCCGCCUUGGUGCGAGUGAUUGGAGGCUCAGUUUAUGUGCCAGUGGUCAACAUAGGCACGUCUGAUGUCCUCCUGUUUCCACGCAGAGUAUUAGGGUAUUUGGGGACCAACAGUGUCAGUCCUUACUUUUAUAUCUAGACGAUAUCGUGGUGUUCUCCACCUCAAUUACUCAACAUUUGGAGAGGUUAGAGGUUGUUUUAAGCCUUCUGGAACGGGAAGGGUUAAAGGCUAGGCUAGAGAAGUGCACCUUUAUUCAGCAAGAGGUGAAAUAUUUGGGUCAUGUUAUCUCUUCCAGGGGUGUGGCAACUGACCCUAGUAAGAUCGAGGCUGUGGCCCAGUGGCCCCGUCCCUCUAGCAUUACAGAGUUAAGAUCCUUUCUGGGUUUUUCCAGCUACAAUCCGCGGUUUGUGGAGGGGUUUGCCAAGUUGGCUGCCCCGCUGCAUAAGCUGGUGGGGGAAUUUGCUGGUGUAAUGGGUAAGCAGAAAGGUAGGAAUUUUGCUAGUGCCUGGAGUGAAAACUGUCAGGUGAGCUUUGAGGGGUUAAAGGAGAAACUGACUACCGCCCCAGUACUCGCGUAUGCGGAUUUCUCAAAACCGUUUAUUCUGGAGGUGGACGCCAGUUAUCAAGGGUUAGGGGCAGUCCUUUCCCAGGAAACUUAAGGUAAGGUAAGACCAGUGGCAUAUGCUAGUCGCAGUUUAAGGCCCACUGAGCGCAACAUGUCAAAUUAUAGCUCUAUGAAGUUGGAGUUUGUUGCGCUCAAGUGGGCCAUGACGGAGAAAUUCCGUGAAUAUCUGUUGGGUAAUAAGUGUGUGGUAUUCACAGAUAAUAAUCCCCUUAGCCAUCUGACCUCUGCAAAGUUGGGGGCGACUGAGCAGCGUUGGGCUUCUCAGCUGGCGGCUUUCGAUUUUGAGAUCAAGUAUCGCUCUGGUAAGAGUAAUAGAAAUGCAGAUGCGCUGUCACGGAGGGAUCCCCUGGAACCUGGUGGGUUGGAUGGGUUGACCCCCGGCACUGCAAUUCCUGAGUCUUUGCGGUCAUUAGCUGGGGUAGAUUCUGUGGGUAUAGCGACCCAGUGUAUGGUCUCUACACUUCCUGGUUAUUCUGCUGGUGACUUGCGUUCUUUGCAGGCAGCUGAUCCAGUUAUUUGGGAAGUGUUGCGAUUUUGGAGACAAGGAAAUCGCCCAGGACCUAAUGAGCGGCACCAAAUGACUAAGGCAGCCUUAACCUUGCUCCGCCAGUGGGAUCGGUUGAGGGAGUUAGAUGGUAUGCUGUAUCGUCGGGUUUACUGCCCUAAUGGUAAGGAAGAGAUGUUGCAAUUGGUUUUGCCUGCUGCCUUGAGACCAGAGGUGUUAAGGCAGUUGCAUCAGCAACAUGGACACCAGGGCAGGGAGCGCACCAUGGAGUUAGUGCAACAGAGGUGUUAUUGGCCGGGUUUGUCCUCGGAUGUGGCAAGUUGGUGUCACGAGUGUGACCGGUGCCAGGCAGCCAAAGACACCCAGCCACUGGCUCAGGCUUUUAUGGGGCGGUUAAUGUCAUCUAGGCCAAAUGACAUCUUGGCAGUGGACUUCAGUGUUAGAGCCCACAAGCUCUGGCAUCGAAAACGUUUUGGUGAUGACUGACGUUUUCAGUAAGUAUACCCUUGCUGUUCCAACGAGGGAUCAGCGAGCGGAGACGGUGGCACAAGCCCUGGUGACCGAAUGGUUUUACAGGUUCAGUGUUCCGGGCCGUCUCCAGGGUCGAAAUUUUGAGUCUUUGUUGAUACGUCAGUUAUGUGAGCUUUAUGGUGUGGUGAAGUCUCGUACUACCCCCUAUCACCCGGCCGGCAACGGCCAGUGUGAACGCUUUAAUCGCACUUUACAUAAUCUGUUGCGUACUCUGCCAGUGUCUAGGAAACGAGACUGGGUAGCGUGUCUUCCCCAGGUAGUGUUCAGUUAUAAUAGCACCCCUCAUCAGAGCACAGGGGAAUCGCCACACUUCUUGAUGUUUGGACAGGAGCCACGAUUGCCCGUAGAUUUUCUGUUGGGGAGAGAACCACAGCUAAGGGAGGGUAGUGUGCAUGACUGGGUCUUGGAACAUCAAACGAGGCUCCAGGUGGCCUUUGCAGGUGCACGGGAACGGUUGCAGGUCAUGGCUGAUAGGCGCCAGGCCAAUCAUGAUCAGCACGUCCGAGAUGAACCACUGGUGGAGGGUCAACUGGUGUACCUCCGUGAUUAUGGGGUAGGGGGCCGCCAUAAAAUCCAGGACCUGUGGAGCCCAGUGGUCUAUCAAGUGACAAGGGCACCCAAGGAAGGUGGUGUAGUGUACACCAUUGCGCCUGUAGAUGACCUGACCAAGGUAAGGAACGUGCAUCGUUCACUGCUAAAGAGAAGAGUCUGUAAGGACACAGUUGGUACUAACCAUGGCAGUCCUUUACCUGACCCAGUUGUGUGCACAUCCUCGUUAGCUGAGGAAGAGGAUGAGGUAGAUUUAUUAGCUUUGGUCCAAGAACGGGAUCAAGUUGAUGUCGAAUUAAGAUUUGGUGGGCUGGCAUCUGGGGUGGAACAUGGUCCACAGGAGAGGGUGAGUGUUACGGGACCCGUUCCUGCUAACUGGCCAGGAUUACAGGCUCCAGCCUGUAAUACAGCUAUGUUGCCGGAGCCACAGCCUGAAGCCUUGGUUAGGGUGGAUGAGGGUGCGUUACGCAGGACAAAACGUGCAAAUGCGGGCCAACAUCCAAAUGUACACCAUCUUCCCCGUUCAGUAGGUGGGACAGGUGAGGGCUCCCAGCAGCAAAUGCAUGGCAUGGUGCCAGGCAUUUUUAGGCCAUGGGAUUAGGUAAUCCUGACCCUAGUAGUAGGACCGUCGGGGCGACGAUCCGUCAGUGGGGGGUAGAUUGUAGUGGGACGAACUGUGGGUGUCUCUUUAAAUUGUCAUGAAAGCAUCAGUUGUCCAAUCAGAUACAUGCACGACUAUAUAAAAGGGGACUUUUAAUGCACCAUGUUGUGUGAUCACCGCUUGUGUGUCAUUGCCCGAGGCCCGCCCUUUCCUGGUUUAGACUCUUCCUGUCUCACAGUUUCCAACGUGUAAUCAUUCCAUGUUGCUCGGCGACUGCUUUUAAACAUGAACCCGCCGUAAUCCCGUGCCUUCUUUCCGGUUUGAUGUCCGUUUGCCUGUGCGGCUGGACUUGUGGUCGAAACGACAAUAUUAAGGUGGAAUAGUUUUAAGAGGAGUCAUUCAGUGCGGCCUGCGGGGCAACGUACUUUGAUGCUGCUGCUUUGUUUACUUUACUUUGUUUGUUUAUGUAAGUUGUCUGAUUUGUGAUUGUGCUUUGUUUGAUUUAAGUUUUUAUUUGUUUGAUUCAUUGUAUAUUCAUUUAACACUCAACAUUCAAUUAUUAUUCUCAUUAUUAUUUCUUUGAUUACUAUUAUUUCUUGCUUUGAGAUUUAAAUUUGGUUAACAGUGUCUUUUGUUAUAGGAACCGAGGCUUCAGGCAGACGGCUAGUUGGCCUUUGCGUGCGGUGGUGGGACUCUAUCACAGGGUGCAGUGUGUUCACGCUUGAUCUUACCGUGUGUGUGAGUGUGUGUGUGUGGUGCGUCUUGUGCACUUGGCGUUAUGCUCCUGGCGAUAUAGUAGCCGCAUACUCAUUAAGCUAGUUUACCUGCUUUAGGUAAGCCUCGGUUUCCUUUUGGUUUUUUAUGCCUAUUUUAUUCCAGCCCAUAGUUAUGUUUUAAGAUUAAUACCCAUAUUUAUUGGUGAAAUAAAACAUUUUUUUGUA